CCGGUGGCGUGGCGGGGUCCCAAGCCCGCCGCCCGUGCGGACGCGGCCGGCGCGCCGGGGCUGGCCCGCUGGUGUUUUAGGCAUUUCUUGUCAGUUCCGAGCACCUGAAGUUGCAGAGUUUGCUCGGAGCCGGCUUCGUAGGUUCUGGAGCGGCGGAGGACACGGGCCUCGCCUGGUCGCGCUCUCACGUGGUGGGCGGCGCGGCGAGCCUCGGGCCGGUGCCCGGCACCGGGCGGCCAGCCUCGCGCGUUCGGUUGGCCCCGUCCCUGGACGUCAAGCGGCCCUCGGCUGCAGGGGCCCGGGCUUCCCGGGGCCUCGCUGCAUGGUCGGCGGGGCCAGGUCCCGGAGCCACGGAGCCCGGGUGCAGGGCCUCCCAGCAUUUUGGGACGAGCGGGGCCAGGAGGCUGGCGUAGAGAAUCCCAGCUCAGGGUGGCGCUCCCGGGUCCGAGGGGGCAGCAAGCCGUGGGGGCAGUCUCGCCCGCCGUGAGCGUCUUACCUCGCGACCAGGUGCACAGCUGCAGUGCGGGGAGUCGCCACCGUCCACGUCUGCCCUCUGGCCUGUUGGAGCAUGUCCAGAGUGCUGCAGAAGGAUGCAGAGCAGGAGUCGCAGAUGAGGGCCGAGAUCCAGGACAUGAAGCAGGAGCUCUCCACGGUCAACAUGAUGGACGAGUUUGCCAGAUACGCCAGGCUGGAAAGGAAGAUCAACAAAAUGACAGACAAGCUUAAGACUCAUGUGAAAGCACGGACAGCUCAGCUGGCCAAGAUAAAGUGGGUCAUAAGUGUCGCUUUCUACAUACUGCAAGCUGCCUUGAUGAUCUCGCUCAUUUGGAAGUAUUACUCUGUCCCUGUGGCUGUUGUGCCGAGUAAAUGGAUAACGCCACUAGACCGCCUGGUAGCCUUCCCUACCAGAGUAGCAGGUGGCGUUGGAAUUACCUGUUGGAUUUUAGUCUGUAACAAAGUUGUGGCAAUUGUACUUCACCCUUUCAGCUGAAAAGGAGGAUGAAUACUGCUGUGGGACCUUUCGUGUCCUGGGGAUUAAACCCAGGGCUCUCUACCACUGAGCUGCAGCUCCAGCCCUUUGUGUUUUUAAUUUUGAGACAGGGUCUUGCUAAGUCGCCCAGGCUGACCUCAAACUUGCCAUCCUCCUGCCUCCACCUCCCAAGUUGCUGGGAUUAUAGGUAUGCCCCACCAUACCUGGCCCAGCUAUAUGACUUCUAAAAAUGAUUUUCUUAUUAGGUUAAAAGUCUGAUUGCCACUUAAAAAGAAAACACAAAAGACAAAACAAAACAAAAAAACCACCCCAAAACAAAACAAAAACCCCACCAGCAACCCAAAGUAGAUAUGGUAGUUUUUUUGUUGAGUAUGUUCUUGGGCUUUGUUUAGAUUCCUGUAAGAAUCUCAGUGUUCUCCAGUUGGAGACAUGUGCGUCAACCACCCAACACCAGGUUUGAUACACUGACUUGCUCUCCUGACACACUGUCCUAUUGCCAGCUGGAAAGUCACAGCUUUCUAACAACUUAAUCCAGUUCAGAAAGUAGCUAGAUUCUACUAUCACUACUAGAACUUGAACCUUUGUUUCUUGUUUCAUGGAGUACAACUGAAAGGAUAACACUAAUUGACAUUUCUUGUUCUUUUUGUGUGUCUAAAUGUCGUUUUUUGGAUGAACAUUUGUAGAGUGUGUAUCAUCUACUUAUUUGGAGCUGUUAGUUUUUCAUCACAGUGUUUUAUAAGUAUAUUGAUGAGACCAUAAUGCAUUGUUUUGUGAUUGAAUUGUUUUGUAUUUAAAGUAUUUCAAAUUAAGUAUGUUUUAUAAACGUUUAAUAUUUAUGCUCAGUCGAAUGGAACAAAGUUAGAAAAACAAAGCAGGGAGUCUGACUGAAUCAAUCUGGAUUGACACUUGCUCGACCUCUCGAGUAUGACUGCUGAUUAUUUUUUCGAUGCACUUUUUGUAAUCAUAACAUCCGCGAGUGCUGGCGUGACUUCUGCCACCGCUCACUCACGAUGGCGAGAGGCUCGGCUGCUAACUCUGUGACCACAGCGCAGCAGCUGGGCUCUGUCGCUUGUUUCCAGGAGGUCAUGGUGAUUCUUGUUUUCCUCAGAUCUAGUAGCAGCUCUUCACUAUUCCAGCUGAUCCUACUGGAAAGACAAGUGCUUUGGUCCUUUAGUCCAUUGUCACGCUGAGGCCCACCAGGGCAGGUGUGAAGUCCCAUUGACAUAAGCUCACGAGACGCUGCAGACUUCCCAGCACCACCUGUUUACGAUGUGUGCAGACCAGGAAGCGGGCAGUGUUCACGGCAGUCGCGUCAGGACUGAGAGGAGCGCUGCGUCUUGUCUCCAGGACGCGUGAGAAGCCCGCAGGAGGAGAUGGAGGGGCACAGGGAGGCUGCCUGCCUCCCUGUCCCAGUGAGCCACAGCCCUACAGAUGGGUCAUAUGGGAAUCAGUCGGGCAGCCAGGACAGCAUCCCAGGGGCCUCCGCGGUUCGCUGAUCAGUGUCAGGUCCCCUGACACGACCCUGUCUCCAGUUGGUACCACAGGAAUCGUGACAAGUCUUGCUGAGGCUGAGGAAGGACCGAGCGCUCAGAGCUCUUGAGCCCUUCCGUGCACACGACUGGUUUGUAAAGAUUAAUAGGGAAACAGAAACGGCCUUAAUGUUGCACAUCAUUGUUUUGUUUUUCAAAAAUUGUAUUUGUUUUAUUUGAUAAUAAACAGGGUGUUGAAUUAAAAAGAUAAGAGAAAGGGAUACCAUCUUGUGACCCAGUUUCCCAGAGUUCUCAUGUUACCAGUUUCUUAUGAUUUUUCCAAGAUUGCCCAUGUGUUUAUGAAUACUGAUGUAUGUGCUCAUAAAAUAACUUUUUUUUAAGUUAUAAAAAUAAAACCUGAAAAGAAAGCAA